AUGUUUACUCUUAUUAGUUUUAUCUUUGUAUUAUUCACUACGACAGUUUAUUGUCAAAGUGUAACUGUACAAUUUCAAACAUUUUCAGUUAAUACAGAUAUUGGAACAUGUACGUGUGAUUUAACUGCAAAUAAAUGUGAUGUAUCAUGUUGUUGUGAUCCUGAUUGUACGUUAGAUGAUAAACAAGCAUUUUCAUGUUCUUCAAGAGGCAAUCAGUAUACAAAUACAACACCAAUCAUAUCUACUGUUCAACCGUCAUGUUAUAAAAAUAUAUCCAUAUUUCAAUCGAAUUCGCCAUAUAUUAUUCAAAAAAUGGGCGAACUUGUUUGUGUGGAUUUUCAACGAUAUAGUGGAGGCCAAUAUUAUCAACAACCAAAAGUUCAAACAUUAGAUCCAGGUUCCUUUGUACGGACAAUUAAUAAAGAAAAUAGUGUAACAGCACCAUCUGGUUUACCAACUAAUCUUACUUAUUAUGAAUUAACUAUUCAAAUUGUCUAUUCAAAUCCAACUGGAAUACUAAAUAUAAGUGCUACUCCUGAGAUUGUGAACGCAGCGAACGAUACAACAUUUGAACAAACAUUUACUGUUCAAUUUAUUCAAUCUGAUUCAUCAUCAUCAUCAUCAUCAUCAUCAAGUACAAUACGUAAUCCAGGUUAUCUUCAAGGUGCUAAUAUUAUGGCGGGUAUCAAAAAUGAAAGUCAAGUCUUAACAGUAAGCUCUUCGCAAUUUUCAAUUAUUCAGCCACUAUCAACUGGCGAAUGUGAUUUGAGCAAUACACAACGUAUACCAAUCAGUUUCGGUGAAAACGUUCGUUCAACAUGUAAAUACAAUGUACCAUCUGUUCCAACAAACUGUUCUGAUCUCUAUAAGUUACUUAUACCUAUUGAUUCCAUUGAUUUAUAUGUAGCUGCGUAUAGUAAUCCUGAUGCGACAAAUAUUACUAGGGAUUGGUUACCUGCUAUAUCUUGUACAUCCGAAAUAGGAUCUCCAAACAUUCGUCAAUGUCAAAAUGGUAUUAAAGUAUAUUCAAAUUCGGAUGGUUCAUGUCAUGUUAAAUUAGAUAUUCAAAUAGCUUAUACAAAGAUUGGUUCUAUUAGUAAUCCACAAUCACUAUUGAGUGCAGUUAUCUUUCAUUAUCAAACAAUUUCAUCGACAAGUUUAUUAAGUGGAACAUUACUUGUUACGGAAAGUGUUACUUUUCAAGAUAUAUCAGACGCACCUGUUAUUGAACAAGGCCAAAUACCAUCACCAAAUGCUCGUUUACCAGCCGAUUUUUUCUAUCCAUUCUCUGCUAAUCAAGCAACGAAAUUUAUGACAUACUCAUUAUUUUAUUAUCCUUUGAUUAGUAUUCUUUUUAUUCUCAUGUAG